UGUUCGCAUAUGUUGCAAAGUUUGCGGCAGUUAAACGACUUAAAACCAUAGUGUUUGGCAAGUAUAUAUAGAGUUUAAGAUGAAGACUCGGAGUCACUCUGUUCUAUUUCAUUCAACGCUGAGUGCCAUUCAUUAUUAUUAAUCAUGCGGAGUGUAAAUUAUAUUGAAUACCAUGGAUUGAUGUUGCCUAAGGAGAGUCAUAACGCAGACAGUUUGCAGUAUUUUGAGAAACUCAGUGUAAUGGACAAUGAUGUGAUUGUCAUCACCUACCCUAAAUCUGGUACAACAUGGAUGCAGGAAAUUCUUCCUCCUCUCCUGCAUGGAGGAGAUCUGACUACGGUGCAAACCAUCCCGAACUGGGACCGGGUGCCAUGGAUGGAGGAAACUCGAGCUUCCCUCGUCAUGGAUAAGCUCCACUCACCUCGAGCCAUGGUGUCCCACAUGCCUUACCAUCUGAUGCCUCCCACCUUCUUCACCUCUAAGGCCAAGGUGAUCUAUGUUGCUCGCAACCCCAAAGAUGUUUCAGUUUCAUCUUUCCACUUUCAUAAAAUGGCCAGUUUUCUUGAUGACCCUGGAAGUUUUGAAGAAUUCAUUGACAAGUUUCUGGCUGGAAACGUGUUUUUUGGGAAGUGGACUGACCACGUGAAAAGUUGGAGAAACCCUGAUCUUGGAGAUAGGAUUCUCUACAUCACCUAUGAAGAAAUGAUUCAGGACCUACGUGGAGUCUUGGAGCGGAUUUUGAACUUCCUCGGUCGCCAGCUGAGUUCAGAAGCCCUGGAUUGCGUGGUCAAUAACGGCAUGUUCAAAAAUAUGAAAACAAAUAGCAUGUCAAACUACUCUCUUGUGCCCGAAGAUAUCAUGAACAGCAAAACAUCACCCUUCCUCAGAAAAGGUAUUGCUGGAGACUGGAAAAAUCAUUUCAGCCCUGAACUUAAUGCCAAGUUCACAGCAGUAAUUCAAGAGGAACUGAAAGACACUAACAUCAAAUUCCCGUGGGAUGAGGAAUGAGACAGUCUUUUUUUCCUGACAUCUUAGUGUACAAAACAAACAGUCGUAGUGGUAUCGUGUUAUCAUUUAUAUUUCACUUUUGUUACUGUAUCAUAUCUAGUUCAAGUGUAAAGUUAAAUUCCCAUUCAUCAGCACGGCACAAAAGAAUUAUUACAGCAAUAACUUCUGCUCUCCUGAAGAUCUGUUGCUCUAGUGAGAUUGCCUAAGAUAAAGACAGCAGACAGUUAAGGGUCUGUUGAGGGUUUCUUGCAACAUAACAGUGAGCGUGCGGUUUUGGUCAUUUCCCCUUGUAAAUGUGGCAUUACAUUUAUGAUUGCCAGGUCUGCGUAACAAAACCAGGCCAGUUUCUCUAGCACCAAAACUUAAUAUAUGACACUUCCAUACAUGAAAUGUUAGUCACUGUAUGUAUUACACACAAUGUCUGUUUGAGAAAUCACUGUAUAGUAGCAACCAUAACCUCAGACUAUUUUAAAUAAAAAAAAAAUCAUCAUUAAAUUAAGAUGGAAAGCUGUUUAACUAAAUUCUUCUGUGCACCUUUAAUCCGCCGAAAACAAGAAAAGGCUAAGUAGCCCAAUUCUGUGUGAAAACUGGAGAUGUGGCAACCCUGCUUACACUUCCUAGUUUUUAGUCACCACACUGUUGGGAAAAGAUGGUCGAAAUAUGUACUAUAGCUGUCAUUGGGCUGCACCUAAAGAUUGCAUAUCCAUACCUCAAAGAUAAAUAUAAUGUCAAAUGUGUACAUAUCUGUACCUAAUGACACAUAUUAGGACCUUUUAAAGGAAAACAUCAGCAUUUUUCAAUAUUGUACUAUGUUUUACAUCAACUUAGAUGAUUGAAUACAUACCUAUCUUUUUUCAAUGCG